CCAUCACCUAAAGAGGGACUCGCCCGCUAGCUUCACUUCAGCUGCAACGCCAAAACACUAGACCUGGCUCCAGCGGAGCUUGGAUCGACCACCACAAGCCCCAAUUGCCAAUCUCUCUCGACUCGGCCUGGCGGGCUCGCUCGUCAGUCGCGCAAAUAUUGCAUUUGGCCCCAAUGUUGAGGCUGGAGGGGGUCCGUGUUUACUUCAUUAACUUGCUUGCGCGCCACUGCCAGCAGAGUCUUUCGAGUUUGACGUUGACUGGCUUUUUUCCUUCCCAUGACCAUGAACGAGGCACCGAGGAAGCCGUCUUCUCUUGUGCUGCUAUCGGAACUCGAGCCGUGAGAAAUGACCACAACCGGGAGGCGGUCAGUUCCACCCUUGCUCGUCUUCUCCGCACCACCACCGCAUCGCUCCGUCUUCGCACGCCCUCUCGGAGGAGGACCAUGACGCUCGAGUAUAUCGACUCCUCGGCAAACCCUAACGGGGUUGUCAUCAACGUAGUCGUGUGGAUAUUGCUCGUCUUUGCCGGCAUCUUCAUCGGGCUCAGGUGCUACUGCAAAGUCUCACGCCGCCGCAGGCUGUGGUGGGAUGACUAUCUUCUCGCCCUCUCGUGGAUCUUCCUCGCCGCGAGCUGCGCGGCGUCCUCGGCCAAUACUCGCCUCGGCUUCGGCCUCCACAUAUACGACGUGCCGCUCUCUAAUCUCAUCACGAUAGGCAUCGUAAGCAACGUGUCGGGUUUUACCUCGGUCCUGUCGAUCGACCUGAGCAAGACGUCGUUCGGCAUCACCCUGUUUAGGCUCACAGAUGGCUGGCUCCGCUGGCUCAUCUUGGCCAUUAUUAUCGUCCUGAAUAUCACCCAGCUCACGAGCGUCUUGUUCUUUUGGGCAUCGUGUGACCCGCCCGCCAAAAUAUGGAACCCCCAACUCCCUGGAACAUGUUGGCCUCCAAAGCUGAGCGUUGUCAUCGGCAACGUUGCUGGAGCUCUGUCCGCGCUGUUCGACGUCAUGCUCGCCCUCAUCCCAUGGAAGAUCCUCUUUCGGUUUCGCAUGUACGGCAGAGAAAAGGUUGGCGUGGCGGUAUCAAUGAGCAUGGGAGUCUUUGCCGGGAUCGCCUGCAUCGUCAAGCUGACGACGCUCCCUUUGCUUGAGAAAGGCGACUUCACCUACUACGGGAAGCCGCUUGUGCUGUGGGGCUUCACCGAAGCAUCGCUGACCAUUGUGGCGGCGUCGAUCCCGUUCCUGCGCUCGCUUUGGCCAACUCCCGCCAGAACACAGGAACUGCCAAGUCUCGAGGUGCCCACUGCCAAUAGGCAUUCCGAAACAGCCAAUGCAGCCCACGGUGGCCGCCGUAAGGGCAUCUGGAGCGAAGCCAGCACCACCGCUCCGGUACACUUGGAGGACAGCACUGGUCGAGGGGAAUCAGCCUACGAGACGUACUUACCGCAGGGCAGCAGGAAUGGCGCAAUGGGCGGGUAUGAACUAGAAUCAGUUGAGCGGACGAGAGAGUCGCGCGAAGUAGGGGGAGGGUCCCGUUGAAAACCGACAGGACUGUUUUGUAUUUCCGUCCGUCUGCUUUUCGGGGUGGUUUUGCGGUUGAGGCUCGGUUCACGCCUCGCCUUCAUGGAGUUUGGGACAUGCGGGGACUGGAGUUUCGAAAACGGCCCGGAGUAAUUAAUUGAAUUGAGUGGUUUGGCGGGAAUGUCAAUUGGUGAUAGAUUCAAAGGCCAGAUAUUAGCAUGUUAAUUCCAAACUAUUUGUUUGAACAAAAGAA